CAGGACUGAUCGUUUCAGUUCUUAACUCUUCGAUCAGGAUUUGUCCAUUUUUUUUUUCCACAUUAUUGAUUCUUUAAGAUUAAUCUAAUCUUAUUUUUAUUCCUGAAAUAUUAUUACGGAUUCAUGCGAUGUCAACGAUAAAUAUAGUGAUCCAUGUGAUCGAUUUGUGUCUGUGAAAAUCGCAGUUCAAACAGGCUUUUUAAUAAAUUUAGAGAGGAAUUUUGAUGUGAAUAUAAAAGCAAUACGAUGCAUUUGGGAAUAUAGAAAGAUCAAUUUACGAUUUUUUUAUGUAAACCAUGAGACAACGGGUUAAUCUGUAAGUUUGAUGAGAGGAAGGUGAUCGAAUUCUUGUAACAAUAAUUGAUUAUUUUUUUGAAGAGUUUAUUUUUGAAAAGAUGCCUCCUCAAGAAAAGUUUGAAACAUCUGUGCAUUUGAACAAUAGUCGGAAUAAUAAUUUGAAUUAUCAAAACUCGAUGGAUAUUCAAAUACCGGAAGCAAAUGAGAUCAAAGAAGAAACGAAGGAUUUAGAUUUUGAUGAGUUGUUACCCUAUGUCGGAGAAUUUGGACUUUAUCAGAAGAUCUUAUUUAUAUUGAUGAUUCCUUUUACUUCAUUUGUGGCAUGGGUUUAUUUCUCACAAAUCUUUAUCACGUUAAUACCAGAAAAAUAUUGGUGCUGGAUACCGGAACUAAAGAAUCUCACAUCCAAUGAAAGACUCUCGCUAGCGAUACCACUCGACCGCGAAGGUUAUUCAAGAUGUAGUAUGUAUGAUGUAAAUUAUACUUUGAUUCUGCUAAAUGAAAGCUAUGUGCCGAAUCCAUUGUGGCCGACGAAAACUUGUCAGCAUGGAUGGGAAUUUAAUUAUAGCGAUGUCCCUUAUGCAACCGUGGCAACUGAGCUGGGAUGGGUUUGCCAAUACGAUUCCUUGCCAACCGUGGCUCAAAGUAUUUUCUUCAUUGGCGCCAUAUUUGGAGGGUUAAUUUUUGGAUGGAUCGCCGAUCAAUAUGGCAGGAUACCAGCUUUGAUCGGAGCUAAUAUGAUGGGAUUUCUCGCAGGAGUGGCUACGGCAUUCACGAAUACUUUUUGGCAAUUUGCGUUAUGUCGCUUUUUUGUCGGAUUUGCCUUCGAUAACUGCUUUACUAUGAUGUAUAUAUUAGUGUUAGAAUAUGUUGGACCAAAAUGGCGAACUUUUGUGGCGAAUAUGUCGAUAGCCAUGUUCUUUACGUUCGCGUCUUGUAUCUUACCAUGGAUCGCCUAUUUUUUACUCGAUUGGAGGAUGACCUGCAUUGCAACCUCAGUUCCUCUUGUUCUAGCCGUGGCGACGCCAUGGCUGAUACCGGAAAGCGCUCGAUGGUUAGUCAGUCAAGGUCAAGUGGAUAAGGCCAUUAAUAUUCUGGGAAAAUUCGAGCGAAUAAACGGCACCAAGGUACCCGAUGACGUUUACAAGCGAUUCCGUGAAACUUGUGCUAAAAUAUGUAAAGAGGAGGAAGCUGAUAAAACAUAUUCAGUAUUGGAUUUAUUCAAAACACCACGUCUACGAAAUAUCACCAUAUUAUUCAUCAUUAUUUGGAUGGCGAUUUCUUUAGUAUUCGAUGGUCACGUACGAAACGUCAAUAAUUUAGGCUUAAACGUGUUUGUCACAUUCACGAUUGCUGCAGCAACCGAAUUACCCGCAGACACGUUCCUCACGCUCGUUCUCGAUCGAUGGGGCAGAAGAUGGCUAGCUUGUUGUUCUCUUGUCAUUUCUGGUGUAUUCAGCAUUUGGGCUUCUAUAAUUUCCAAUAAUAUUUAUACAGCUACUUUGGCAAUUCUGGGUCGAUUUUGGAUAAAUAUCUCGUACAAUAUCGGUCUCCAAUAUGCAGCUGAAGUGUUGCCGACAGUAGUUAGAGCUCAGGGUGUAGCUUUGAUACAUAUAAUGGGAUACGUCGCUAGUAUCCUUGCACCCUUUGUCGUGUAUCUCGAUGUCGUUUCAUCGAUUCUGCCUCUUCUUGUAUUGGGUACUCUUGGUAUCAUAUGUGGUCUUCUGACUCUCUUUCUACCGGAAACGUUAGACAAGGAUCUUCCACAAACGCUGCAGGAUGGAGAGGAUUUUGGAAAAGAACAGAAAAUGUGGGACUUUCCUUGUAUCGAAAGAAAACGUAAAGAUGAAGAAAUACCACCAGUUGCCAUGUUCAGAUCAUUUUCCAGAUGCAGCACGAGGAACUCGAUGAGAGCAUCUCUCCGUGGUGAAACCUUAAGGAGUAAUAUGAUACGAAGAUCAAGCAUAAAAUCUAAAAAAUUCAAAAAUUCAGUUAUAGAAGUGGAAAAAUUGUAGCGAAAUAUUCAUCACGAAUAUUAAUCUCUAGUGAAUAAUUAUUAGUUUUCUAAAAAAUUGUACAACAUUAGCAUAAAAUAAGUUGCAAAAGUAAUCUUA